UCAACCCUAUUAACAGGCCCAAUGGUGGAGGUCUUGUCCCAGUACAUCUGGAGAGACGAGUCCAGUCUUCUCUGCAGCAGCAGCAGCAGGAGCCAAGGUGUUAAUGGAGAAUGGCUCCACCGGGGAGACGAAGACAGGUGCAAGGCCACUGGUGGUGCAUCCUUCCCGUAUAUAAGAGCCAGAGAGAGGGGGAGGGUCGGCUGGACUGUACCAGGAAACCUUGAAUGUGCUCAGGACACUCUGGUAGAACAUGCAGGACGACUUUCGGCCGCAGGUGAAGAAGGUGGCCGUGGCCAUGGGCGCUUCACUCACUGAGCAGGACAUCGACCUCAUGCCACGGGAGAUGAGACAGCAGGGGAACUUCAACUACAGCAGGUUUCUGGAGUACAUGAGGCAGUUCAAGACCUCCGAGCAGCGAGAGGAGGCCAUCAAGAAGGCCUUCAUGAUGCUCGACAAAGACGGCAGCGGCUACAUCGAGUGGAACGAAAUCAAGUACAUCCUGUCGACCGUACCGACUGCAACGCCAUCAGCUCCUCUCUCUGACGAGGAGGCGGAGGCCAUGAUCCAGGCCGUCGACACCGACGGAGACGGACGCAUCGACUACAGAGGUGAGGGCCUCUCUGGUGCACCGACUGGUUGUCACCACCGAGAGUCAGCAGUCAGUAGCUCUUCAUGUCUGCUCCCUGACUUCACAAAGCUGAGUCAAACAUUACAUUGUGUACAGUAAAUAGAAAACAUGUCAGCUGGUUUCUAUCUCUUGUAAACUCAGCAUGAUAUAGAGCUGCUGUAAUCAUAAUGCCAACAUCUUGUUUUUUAGUUAUUAAAAUAGUGCACACUUGUUAUUACAGAGAGCAAAGAGACUAAAUUAACUGCACAGAAACACUCACAUCUGGCUCUGUGUGUCUCCCUCCUCGCCGCCAGAGUUCUCAGACAUGGUGAAGACGGAGAAGACACCGAGGAAGUAGAGGUCACCUGGUGAAUCUGUGAGAGGAGAGGAAGACCAUCUCUCUGAAGAAUGAUCUUCCUCGUGUGGAUCAAGACUUUAGGGAGUGUGAGGACUGCUCAUAUCAGUUUGCUGAAUGAAAAAAAAGAUUUAAAAAAAAAAAAUAGAAUUGGAGAAACGUAGGUUAGUUCAAGUUGUUUUAGACACAUGAACGCUUUAUUGGCUGACCCGAAUUCUGUGGCUCCUCCUCAACCGUGACGAAAUAGCUGUAGUAUAAUUUGUUCUUCGUUCUUUGAUUCAUGUUAAACUGUAUGUUUAUGGAGGACGGAGCUUGCCAAAAUAAAAAUAAAACAAUGAAUAAAUAAAUAAAUGACUCAAUGAAUAAAUAAAUAUCUCAUUAAAUGUUGCAAAAAUAUUAAACAUUGAA